UUCCAUUGCUUGAACUAAGUGAUGGCGGUUAUAGACUGGUCCCCUGUCUUUGUUCGCAAGGAUAAGCACAGGCAUUGGUUUUACAGAACAAACGAUUUCAUUUGAUACAAUAUUCUUUCAACAGAUAAACAUGCAGUGACGGGUUUCCAGUCAGAUGGUAGCCAGUGUCGACACUACAGAUUAUGAUCAACGCAUCCGACCAAACAGCAAUGGGCCUCCUGUUGAUGUAUUUCUGAACUUGUACAUUGAAAGCAUGGGCACAAUCAAGGAAUCAACGAUGUCGUCUACGAAUACCCAGGAUUUCACCAUGACGAUGUUCUUCCGUGAGUUCUGGCAAGACCCCAGACUGAAAUCCAACGACACCACGUCUAAGAGCGUUGUCAACUUCAAAGGAGACCGAAUGAGUUCCAUCUGGACCCCAGACGUCUUUUUUCUCUACGAGAAGGCGUCUACAUUCCAUGACGUCACGGUUGACAACCGAAUGAUCAGGCUGUAUCCAAAUGGGACGGUUUUGAUGAGCUCGAGAAUAUCCGUGACGCUCUCCUGCAACAUGGAUCUUUACAAGUUCCCGAUGGACAAACAAGAAUGUCAGGUCAUAAUGAUGAGCUAUGCCUACAAUUCAGACGAGAUGACGCUAAACAUUACUGACUCUUCCCUUGAGAUUGAUAAAGAUCUUAUGAUUCCUAAAUUCAGCCUGGAUGAAUUCAAGACGGCUAUCACACACAUUGCUUACGGCGCAACCGGUGAUUACAGCGUGGCGAAAGUGACGUUUUAUUUUAGCCGUCAUCUCCAGUCGUAUAUUCUGACCGUGUAUAUACCCAGCUCACUCAUAGUCGCCAUAGCGUGGCUUUCCUUCUGGAUUGAUGCAAAGGCGGCUCCAGCAAGGGUGUCGCUGGGCAUAACGACUGUAUUGACGAUUACGACAAUGACCGCGGGAGUACAGGAGACAAUGCCUCUUGUGACGUAUGCAAAGGCAAUAGACGUGUGGUUAGCAGUGUGUCUCCUGUUUGUCUUCUUCUCACUACUUGAGUAUGCUGGAGCCAACUACUUAAUUAUUAUAGAGAAUAAACGUCGGCUGAAGAAUUAUACAAAGAAACUUGGAAACGGAAUCAACGAGAAGAUAGACCACCUGGGAAUAUUUGAGUGCCACUACAACCUGGGCUCCGUCCGGAGACCAGGCUACAGGGAACCACUGACUGCCGAUAAAUUAGAUAGAUUAUUUCGGUUCACGUUUCCACUCGCUUUCGUCAUCUUCAACGUUGUCUACUGGCCGUUUUAUUUGAGAUGACACAGGACAAUUGUUAAGGCACUUUCGGUGUCCCAGGGAAAUCUGUCCGCCGGCACUUUAGCCACAAUCAUCGAGGUACACUUUUUGUUUACAAAGACACUUAUCUAAUAGAACAACAUUGAUAUUGAGUAACUCUUUGUACAUCUUGUAUUUGACAAACACAGGUUAGUUUUUAUGUCAGACUAGAAACAAGUUAAUUAUGAUCCCCCCUUUGUGUGUACAAAGACUACCAGAACUAUCGACUUCCGCACAGCCAACAAUCGUGGGUACGCUUUUUGCUACAAAGACACCAAUUGAAACACAUUGAGUAAACUCUUCGCAGAUCUUUGUAUUCGACAAACUCAAGCAGUGUAUUAAUCAUUGACACGGCGAUCGUUAAAUGAUAUUAUUGUAAAUAACCUUAAAACAACUGGUUUUCAAACAGCUGUUCAUAACCCAAGAAACGAAAAAAAAUAAUAUGUAAGCCUACCCAUGAUAGUGGCUGUGCACUUCACCUUUAAUUUACCGUAUGUAUAAUUACCUGGGUACAAAAUCACUCUCGACACAGGCCAACGCUCAAAUCAAUCAGAGAGUAGCUCGAACGUUGAGUGGGUAACCAACCUCGUGAAGAGGGGCACUAAUAAAUACCCUUCGUCAGGUCGGAUCAGUUUAAGAAGUAAACAGUUUGAUCAUUCACAGAUUGUUUUUAAAGAUUUUUGGCCCCAAACAUUGAAAAAUAUAUUUUGUUUGAGUGAAUGGUAUU